UCCCAUCAGGAACUGCGCUGAAUUCUCAUCCAUCGCAAUGAGCAACAAAUUUCUAGGCACCUGGAAACUUGUCUCCAGUGAGCAUUUUGAUGACUACAUGAAAGCUCUGGGUGUGGGGUUAGCCAACAGAAAACUGGGAAAUUUGGCCAAGCCCACUGUGGUCAUCAGCAAGAAGGGGGAUUAUAUGACAAUAAGAACAGAAAGCGCCUUCAAAAACACAGAGAUCUCCUUCAAGCUGGGCCAGGAGUUUGAAGAAACCACAGCUGACAACAGAAAAACCAAGAGCACCGUGACGCUGGAGAGGGGAGCCCUGCGACAGGUGCAGAGAUGGAACGGUAAAGAGACAACCAUAAAGAGGAAGCUGCUGGACGGGAAAAUGGUCGUGGAAUGCAUGAUGAAGGGCGUGGUCUGCACCAGAAUUUAUGAGAAGGUCUGAGAAAAUCGCUGCAUCAUUCAACUGGUGCUUCCCCACCUCAGACUGGGAAUCAUUCAGCGAGACCCGAGGACCCUGCAGCUGACUUGUCUGGUUUUGCAUUUGUCCUGAUAUGUUCUAUAGGUAAAUGUUUAAGUUGAGAAUUAACCUAACUUUGUUAAUUUAGACAUUUUCCGUUUCAUCCGUGCCUUACUUUGUUAAUCCUUCUGUAUUGACCAGGCAUAAAUAGCCCAUGAAAAUCACUGCCUGCUAAGUGACAGCCUAGGCUGCGCUCAUACUGUUUGAAAAGAAGUAAUCAAUACUAAAGCAAAAUAAGAAUAUUGAUCUGGGCAGUGAUAAAUGUCUCCAGGGGCCUGGAAAGGUAUGAGGCAGGGGAACCACAAAGAACAAAACAAGGGGAUGAGCUGUUUUAAACUGGGGGGCUCUACUUUCAGCCAAUAGGAGCCACCUCCAUUCCAUUUCGGCCAAAGUUGUACAAUGUACAGGCAAUGGGAUGCACGGCUACCACAGCAAUCGAAUGUACGAUGACAAGUGUAGGCACCUACAUAGCUCACAUCCUGACCAAGAUAAACACAUGUCCUUAAUCUUAGAAAGCUUCCUCGUCCCCCUCCAAAGGUAAUAUCUUGUUCUGUCUCACCCACCAGAAGCAUGAUGGUGCUGAUUUGGUGCUGGAUUAGCUUUGCCUAAAAUAGAACCAGACCUCAUGCAUUCAUUCUGUUUCCAUUUUAAAACCUAGCACGAUGUUUUUCAUGUUCAUCCAGAUUGUUACA